AUGGACAGACAUGGCAAAUCAGGCAGCUUCAUCGGAAGGCGUUGGAAAACUACCACCACCACGGAUAGUCCCCGAUCGUCCUUUUCUUCUCCAUUUUUACCUCGCAAAUCCUCCCCUGUCCCUGUGCCUGAUAAUAUUAAUGCACAACUUUCCGAUUCUAACGACGACCUGGAUGAAGCUAUACCUGACGUCGAUCAUGAUCAAAUCUUGCUCGAAAUUGAACGUUUCACCGAUGAAUUAUGCACGGCCGAGGACAAGACCACCCCGCUGGAGCCGGACAUCAUAGACACCUUCUCCUUAAUCAUCAAGUCCAAAACCAGAAAAUCAACCAGACGCCCGGGUAGGAACGGUGAGGUGACCGAUGAAGACCCGUUUUUGUAUGAAUCUGUUAGGCUGUUAUGUAAAUUGAAAACUGCGUUAGGCGAAUUUCCAAACACAUCAAUGGUUAUGCUUGAUAGAAUCAACAAGCUUCUGCAUCGAAUUAUCAUGUUCAUGGAAGAAGAGCUUCGUUCGUUUCUACAGCAUUCAAAGGCAAAGCUUCCUCCGGAACCGAGCUUGAAGAUGAUGACUUCUUCUUCAAGGCACUUUUCCUUCAAACCAGAGCGUUCCAAUUCCAAUUCCAAUUCCAAUUCCAAUUCCACCACCACAGCCAGUAAGGACGAGGAUGAUGAUUUUCCAGGUUUCUCAGAGGAGAAGAUAAUUAGGAUUACCAAAAUCGUAACAACCAUGAUUUCCAGUGGUUACAAAAACGAAUGUUCACAUGUUUAUAGCAUGGCGCGUGGAAAUGCAUUGUAUGAGCAACUCAAAAAGAACGACUUCGAAAAGCUUAACGCAGAAGAUGUUUCGAGAUUAAACAGCUGGGAAUUGCUUGAACCAGACGUGGCACGAUGGAUCAACAUCAUAAAGCAAUGUUCCGACAUCCUAAUUCCCGCUGAACGGAAGUUAGGCGAGACGGUUUUUGCCGACAACGUUUCCGUUUUCAGAGGUCUAUUCAUCAAUCUGGUUCAUAGCCUCAUCACGUCGUUACUUGAUUACGCGAGAGCAGUUGCCAAAACGAAGGCGUCGGUGGAGAAGCUGUUCAGAUUCCUUGAUAUGUAUGAGGCGCUUUCCGGUCUUCGUGAAGCGAUAAUAAUCAACGACAACGACGACGGAUUCUUGUCAGAUUCACAAUCACGUAAUGAUCUGAAUACGGAAAUAUCAUCUUCCAACGACCGAAUCGGCGACGCAGCGGUGAACAUGCUUGGUGAAUUAGAAAACUCCAUUCGAAACGACCCCGCGAAAACUCCGGUGCCGGGAGGUGCAAUACACCCUCUGUCAAGCUACGUCUUAAACUACUUGAAAUUGGCGUGUGCGUAUGGAAAUUGUUUAGAACAGAUCUUCCAAAACGCAAAACUCAUUCAACCGUCGGCGACGUCGGAAGACAUGGAGAAGUCGCCGCUGGCGGCACAAGUAGCGUCGGUGAUCGCCGUUCUAGACGGUAACCUGGCAUUGAAAUCAACACUAUACAAAGACCCUUCGUUACGCUUCUUUUUCCUAAUGAACAAUGGUAGAUACAUAUUAACAAAAGUAAGAGAGUCAAACGAGAUUAAAAAACUGAUGGGCGACAAUUGGUGUCGCCGGAAGUCAUCGGAGGUCCGGCAUUACCAUAAGAGUUACCAGAGAGAAACAUGGACAAGGUUGUUACAAUGCAUUACACAAGAAGGGAUACAAGUGAACGGAAAAGUGAAUAAACAGGCGUUGAACGAGAGGUUCAAGAACUUCAACGCCAUGUUUGAUGAGAUACACAAGACACAGAGCACAUGGGUGGUCAGGGAGCCGCAACUGCUGUCUGAGCUCCGGGCAUCCAUAUCGGCGGUUGUCAUUCCUGCCUAUCGCUCAUUUGUAGGGAGGUAUAGACACCACUUUGAGUCAGCGAAAAGCGUAGACAAGUACAUCAAAUAUCAACCAGAAGACAUCGAGGCAUUGAUUGAGACUUUGUUCGAUGGUAAUAUUAAUGCGUCUAUGUCUAGGAAGAGAUCAUAG